AUACACCAGGGUUUAAUGAUAAGCUUCGGUAGGAAUCUAAAAGCCGUCAUCACUGGAGGCGCUAGGGGAAUUGGCUUCAGCACGGCCAAGGAGCUGCUUAGGAGUGGAGUUUCGAAAAUUCUUAUAUUGGAUCUCGGAGAAAAAAUGGAUUCACUGAGGUGGAAGGAACUCAGCGCUUGCAAUCCAACUGCAGAAAUAUUCUACAGUACAUGUGACGUAACGAAAAAGCAAGAUCUGGAGAAUGUUCUGCGAAAAGAUGCUGUACAAUGGUUAGGUUACAUAGACAUUCUCAUUAAUUGCGCUGGAAUCAUUGACGAAAAUGAUCCGGCUCGAUGCAUUGCAACAAAUUUGACGGCGUUAAUAAACUGUUCCAUGAUCACUUUAGAUUUGAUGACUAUAGAAAAACAGGGCCAUGGCGGUACUAUAGUGAAUAUUGCAUCAGUCGCCGGUUUGGAAGGUUUACCAAGUUUUGCAGUUUACUGUGCUUCAAAAAGCGGGGUUAUUGGUUUCACCAGAUCUAUUGGGAUGAACUCAGUCUAUGAUCUAACGGGAGUCAAAAUGGUUGCUAUUUGCCCUGGGGCUACGAAUACGAACAUGAUUCAAGAAACAUUGACUAUGAGUUUUCCUGCAUUAACACCCCAGUUGGCGCAACUUCUUCAAAACAUUAAAUUGCAAGAGCCUUCAGCUGUAGCAAAAGCAGUUGUGCAAAUCAUCGUCGAAGGAAAACCGGGAUCAAUUUGGAUUUCCGCCAAUGAUGGUAUUACGGAAGUGGAAAGUAAACCAAACGCGCAUCUUUGAAUACUGAUACCUGUUUCAAAAAGACAACUGCUUCUUGAGCCAACAUUUCAAGUGGUGCUGGCGAAUGAAUUAUUAUAUCCCCAAAUGGUGCAGUGUUCCAGUACUGCAUCGUCAUUUGAGAAAGAAACACCGAUUUUUAUAGAGGUAAUCAAUAUGACUCUAGAAGGAAAAGCGGCCGUUGUCAUUGGAGGAUCCGGUGGAAUUGGAGUGGAAAUGUGCAAGCAUUUGCUAACCAGUGGACUAUCUAAAUUAGCCAUCCUGGACAUAAAUGAACCUGCGAGUGAUAUAAUAGCUAGCAUAAAGGUCUGCAAUGCUGCAUCAGAGGUUAUAGCGGCAAAAUGUGACAUCACGAACAAGUCGAAUUUGGAGGACGUGAUCCGCAAGCAAGUGCUGGGGAGGUUUGGAUACUUCGAUUUACUUGUCAACUCGGCAGGAACCGUGGACGAGCGUAAUCCAGAGCGGUUAAUUGCCAUCAAUUUGAUAGGUGUUAUAAACAGCUCGCUGAUGGCAAUGAGCCUGAUGUCCAAGGAGCAAUCUGGUGGUAAGGGAGGCAUGAUUGUGAACAUAUCUUCCAUUGCUGGUUUGGAACCCACGCCUUUCUUGAGUGUGUACUCAGCAUCCAAGUUUGGUGUAACCGGUUUCACUCGAAGUCUGUCGGGUAAACUAUUCUACAGCCGAACUGGGGUGAAAUGCAUAACUAUUUGCCCAGGAAUAACGGAUAGCACUUUGUUGUCUAAAUUCUUUGAAGGAGAAGAUCUGCUGUUUCCUUGGAUGAGUACAAUAGGUCCGGAAGUGAAAAAGUGUCCAUCGCAGAGUGCAAGUGCCGUUGGUGAAUGUCUCGUUAAAGCCGUUCUCGAUGGAGAAAAUGGUGCAGUGUGGGUUGUUAACGAUGGCAUGGCCUAUAAAUUGGAAAUUUCAGCUAAUAAAUUUAUACCAUGUAUAGAGUAGACCAUUCCCGUCAAACAUAAUAUCCAUGUUUGCAUAAUCCAUCAUGAUACCAUAUAGUCGCAUUUGAAAAGAAAUAAAUUUGGCUCAACUCA